UACGAGCCCGGUUCCCCUGGCAACACUGUGCUCGGCGCAAUGGCGAGCGGUUCAUAUCGAGGUUUUGUUUGACGUGGCGCUAAAAAAGUGCCCUAGAUAUACUCCGCGUCACGAUAUUUUUGUCGUAAGACCAGCGAGAAUCGCACUUUUGUUCUUCCAGAAAUGUGCGGGAUCAAUAUGGGGCAACACUGCGUGCAACAAUGCUGGAAAACAUCUCCUGUCGCCUGCAACAGCGGUCACUGUAUUCGUGCAAAAUAGCCUAGAAGAAGAAAUGUCCUCGUCGAAAGAAAUCCUGCAAGUGGUGGUAUUGUGCGCAAUGUGGUACGCGAUAAGUUCGGGAAAUAACGUUGUGGGAAAAGUAGUGUUGAACAAUUUCCCGUAUCCAUUAACUGUGACUGUUGUACAGCUGUUUUCUAUCAGCGUUUAUUCUGGACCCGCUUUCGCGGUAUGGGGUAUCCGACCCUACUUAGACCUGGAUUGGAACACUUAUAUCAAGUGCAUAAUUCCACUGGCAUUUGGAAAGCUAUUCAGCAUUGUCACUUCUCACAUCAGUUUGUGGAAAGUGCCUGUGUCCUAUGCGCACACAGUGAAGGCUACCAUGCCUUUCUUCACAGUUGUACUAUCACGCAUCAUCCUCAGAGAAAAACAGGCAUGCGCUGUAUACCUCUCUUUACUGCCAAUUAUACUAGGAGUAAUGAUUGCAACAUUAACGGAGAUAUCGUUUAACAUGAUGGGACUCAUCUGCGCGGUCACUUCGACAAUAGGUUUUGCGCUGCAAAACAUAUACACUAAAAAGGUGAUAAGAGACACAAACGUCCAUUACCUUCGGCUGCUACACACUUUAGCCAGGCUGGCUCUCCUCUUUGUUGUCCCUUUCUGGCUGCUUCUUGAUGUGCGCAGGUAUUCUACGGACACCACUAUGUUUGCACAAGUGGAUGCAUUUCUGGUGCUGUUGCUGCUCUUCCUGGACGGGGCGCUCAACUUUGCCCAGAAUUUAGUAGCUUUCACAAUCCUCAACCUCGUGUCCCCUCUAACGUACUCUGUGUGCAACGCAUCCAAGCGUAUCGCCGUCAUCAGCGUAUCGCUUCUUCUUCUACAUAAUCCAGUGACAGCACUUAACAUAUUUGGGAUGAUGCUCGCUGUUUUAGGCGUGCUCUGCUACAACAAGGCAAAAUAUGAUGCCAAUCAAGCACAGAGAGAAGCUAAGCUUCCUCUCAGUGUGAAGGACACAAAAUCUCUGUUAUUGUCCGAUGAUGUCUUCCCACAAGGCAUUCUACGAGUGAUUCCAGCUAAUGGGACUGUGCAUUCAUUCAGUGCUCACAAUUCAAAGUUGCUUCUUGGGACAUGACCUUUAAUUUUGUUUUAGGAAUUUUCAUUGAUCUUCACUGUUAUGAAAUGCAAAAACUUGACUCGUUGUAUUUUUAGUGAGAGUAAUUUUUAUAACACACACUAGUGAAUACAGGGAUUUACUUGUCCGAGGAAGAUGACUGUCUUCUAACUUUGGUUUCUAUGAGAACUGUGAUAUGGGCGUGUUGGCAUCACUGAUGAUUCCAGAGACAGGAAGGAAGAGAAAUUGACAUUUUCUUAUCUGGGAGCUGUUCUGCAAUGCGAAUAAAUAGACGUAAGAAAUAAAUGUGCUUUUGUGGAGGCAUAAAUGAAAAUAGCCCUGGGAUCAGCUCACAACGCUUUAAAAACCAGGCUGGUUGGUCGAACACUUUGACUCGACGUUGAUUGAACAUUGUAGCGCUCUUAUUGGAAUUGUUGCUCGACAGGUAUCAAAGGACGUAAUGUGGGUGUCGCCUCAUAUUGCGAACUUGGCAAGAAUUUCUCUUGGCAACAUUUUAUUGUCACCCGGCCCCUUUGUUUUUAGCUGGAGGCAAAUUCAACCAAUGUAAACCAAGUGUGCAUUUUGGAAGUUGGUGCGUUGUUAUAUCAUGAAGCAAUAUAAAUAAAAAAGGUGGG